AUUUGUAGGAACCUUCCUCUUUGUUCCGGCCUUACUCGAGCAAACAUGGCGGCGGAGGGAGAUGUCGAUUUGGACUUGGAAGCCGAGGAAAACUGUACCGGGAAGCCGGCAGAAAAGCCUCGGAAACAUGACAGCGGGGCCGCUGAUUUGGAGAGGGUCACAGACUACGCGGAGGAGAAGGAAAUCUCCAGCUCUGACUUAGAAACGGCCAUGUCAGUGAUUGGAGACAGAAGAUCGCGAGAACAGAAAGCCAAGCAAGAGAGAGAAAAGGAGUUGGCUAAAGUCACCAUCAAGAAAGAGGACGUAGAGCUAAUUAUGUCUGAGAUGGAGAUUUCGAGGGCCAUGGCAGAACGCAGUCUGAGGGAACACAUGGGGAAUGUGGUGGAAGCUCUGGUGGCUCUGACCAACUGAACAUGAUUUACACACUGGACUGCUUCACUUAGUUUGUGAUCGAGGCUCAGUCAGGCUGGGGUGUUAAACGUCUGUAAUUUUUUUUUUUUUUAAUAAAAGUUGACAUCUGG